GGAGAGCUGUGUAAGAAAGAUCUCAAUCUCUCUCUCUACCCCCUCCCCCACCAAUAAAUACACACACAGCCAGAGUGUUUUUUGUGUGUGUGAACCUGUAAGGGCUAUGAGAAAGUAGCCUCCCAGUCCCCAUUGCUGUAUUGGGCAGUUACACAACAUAUCAAAUAAUAUUUCUCACACACAAAAUCCACCAUCACAACCUAAAAACACACUCAUAUAUAUCUACAUGUUACAUAAACUAGUUUGUGAUUCUGAAUAGAUAUAUAAUGUGGGAUCUUAACGGGUCACCCGAUCGGAUAACCGAAGACCAAGAGGAGGUGCAAGUACUCGAAUAUAACAACAGUAAGGGUAAACAAGUCGGAGGAUCCGUAUCCGAUUCCAGCUCAUCGGUUAUGGUCAUGGAUCAAGAUGAAGCUUCUGACGAAUAUAACAAUUCCACCGAGAACAGCAGGUUGUUUGGGUUCUCUAUCACCGACAAUAUUCCGGUCACUCAUCAGUUUUUUCCGUUGGGUGACUCUGAAGAAGAAGUAGGGCCUACUACCACCGGUGCAACCGGCACGGUGAUGACUUCUUUUCCUGUGGCUAACUGGGUUGGUGUUAAAUUUUCACACCAACCGUUGGACCCUGGUGGUGGUGGUGGUGUCGCCGGAAAAGUGACCGAUGUUCCGCAACCGCUGAAGAAAAGCCGGCGUGGACCCCGGUCUAGAAGUUCUCAGUACCGUGGUGUUACCUUUUACCGGCGAACCGGCAGAUGGGAAUCACACAUAUGGGAUUGUGGGAAGCAAGUUUAUCUUGGUGGAUUUGACACAGCACAUGCAGCUGCACGUGCUUAUGAUAGGGCAGCUAUCAAGUUUAGGGGAGUGGAGGCUGACAUAAACUUUACUCUUGAGGACUAUGAAGAUGACCUAAAACAGAUGAGCAAUUUGUCAAAAGAAGAGUUUGUGCAUGUGCUUCGUAGACAAAGUACCGGUUUUCCUCGAGGCAGUUCAAAAUAUCGUGGCGUUACGUUGCAUAAAUGUGGCCGAUGGGAAGCUCGAAUGGGUCAAUUCUUGGGAAAAAAGUAUGUGUAUCUGGGUCUUUUUGACACUGAAGUUGAAGCUGCCAGAGCUUAUGAUAAAGCUGCAAUUAAAUGCAAUGGAAAGGACGCUGUUACAAAUUUUGAUUCCAGGAUUUAUGAAAAUGAGCUAAACUCAACUGAAGGUUUGAGUAACAAGAACAUAUCAUUGGAUCACAAUCUGGAUUUAAGCUUAGGAGGAAGUUCAGCCUCAAACAGGCCACAAAACAUAGAAUUUGGAAAUCAUCGUGAAGUCGAAUCGAGUCGCCAAUCUAACUCGAUCCAUUUUGGACUUAAUCAGCACACGGCAUCCGGUUGGUUUGAUGGAAGGAUAAGAGAAGGGUAUAAUGAUAUCCAGACAUUCCACCUUCAAUCUCCAAUGCCAGUUAUCAUGGGUAACAAUAAUGGAUACGGGCAUUUUAUGCGACCCGCUGACCCGGCCAUGCUUCAUACGUUCAACCAGACUGCUAUCAACUCACUGAGUCAUCAACAGCAGAUGCAGUUUACUAGCAGCACCAGAGGCACAGGAAGUGAUCCAUCUCUACAGCAAAUGUAUGCAAAUAGUGCUGCAGCAUCAUCAGGAUUCCCACAACAGCAAAGAUUUCACAUCCGACAGCCCCCAUAAAUUAAAAACAUCACAAUAUUAACUGGCUCCACGUACAGUAGAACAAAAGUGAGCUACUCAUGACAUUUUUUGUAUGUUUCCUUGUGUUCUUUGACCAUGAAAGAUCAGUGUUUUGGGUUGAAAAAUCUAGCACAAACAGUGAUACCGUUGACUAUUGACACUUGACUUGCCUAGCUAGGGUUCUUGAUCAGUUAUAUAUAUGUGAAACAAAUUGCAAGGAUGAAAAAUUUCAGUUUUCUUUUCCAUUUUUUGAGUAGAUGGUUGUAAAAAACAUUUCAUGUGUUAAUGGGUAGAAAAUUAUUUAUUUUGUCAA